AUGGCGUCGUCUCUCCCCACCGAGCUCGGCAGCACCAUCCAGGCCGGCCAUAUCAGAAGACAUCCCGACCCUCGACAAGACAUUGCGCCAUCAACCGCCGCCGACAAGAGACAGUUGGUGGACUUCCACAGCGCGAGGCGCAGCGACAUCGACAACGACGACGAUGAUAUCCCGUACAGCGUCUUGCGCCCUCCAAAGAAACACUACAACCUCCCACCCCUUCCAGACCUGCGAUUCGAGCAGAGCUAUCUCCACAGCAUCGCCUCUGCCGAUACGUGGUGGAAAGUAUUGCUCAUUACAGCUAGGGAUCAGGUGGCUUAUGACUUCCUUGCAAAGCUCCCAUGA